AUGACAGGGAGACGUUUGGUGUAUGUUAUGGCCAUUAUCUUGUUCAUCGGUCGUCUCGAGGCUGGGAGAAAGAGCUAUCUAGAUUAUCAUACAAAGACAAGUGUUAGUGCCAUCACUGAAAGCAAGAUAGCUUUAAAGUUUUGCGUCUUGAGGACAUGUAUUUCAACAACAAGUUAUAAAGCUUGCUACUGCUGCUUCAACAAGGGUCAACAUGACGAACCCCCCGGUUUCUCCACAUGGGAUGAGUGCAUAAAGAAUUGUCCUUAUUACAACCCUAAAUGCCCUCUUCCAACUGCCAAGGAAUUUCAUCCAUGA